CGUCUAUAUCCCAUGGUCACGUGAGGCUCAGCUUUCUCAGUCAAGCGAAAAUUGAGGUAUUCUGAACCGUGAGGCGACUUCGAUCUCUCUGUCAUGUGGACCCUGCCAGUCAAGGCCCUGGAAGUCAGCACUUCCAGGUUUGACAUACAAAAUGCUAUGUCUGAAAGACAGCAACAACAAAAAUAUGUUCUUCCAUAUGAGAAAUAUAAAAAAUACAGAAGUGAAGAAUACAAUGAUGGUGGUAGCUCACCUCAAGGAAGAAAGAAAGUUUGGAGUUCUUUCCAAGGUAAUUUUGACAAGAGGAACUCUCAUUAUGAACGUGGUGGAUAUGAGCCGCAGCCUUCACACCUCCAGGAGGAUAAUGAAAAUGUGUCGAUGGGGGAUGUCCAGGAGGACCCCCAAGUAAGACACACUCCUUAUAACACCCAACGCAACAAGAGGAGAGUGAAAUGGCAUAAUGAAGGCCAUAUCCAUAUUACUGUGUGGAGAGAUAGAAAAAAUCUGAAGAGAGAAGUGGAAGAGAACACACAAGAUGGAAUCUCAGGGAGCUGGUUCAAGAUCACCAUUCCCUAUGGGAGAAAGUAUGACAAGGCAUGGCUAAUGAAUUCAAUCCAGAGACACUGCAGUGUCCCCUUUGUUCCAGUGGAUUUCCACUACAUUAAAAACCAGGCCCGGUUCUUUGUCCAGGAUGUUUGCACUGCCUCUGCUUUGAAGGAUGUGAGCUACAAGAUUUUUGACGAGGAGAACCGGAAGAUAUCUAUCUUUGUCAAUCCCUCAAGUGUACCCUACUCUGUGCGGUACAAGUUGGAGCCAGAAGAAAUGGAACAGCUGAAGCUGACCAUGAACAAACGCUAUGAUGUCUCCCAGCAAGCUCUUGAUCUCCAGAGUCUCCGCUUUGACCCAGAUUUGGUGGGCCAUGAUAUUGAUAUAAUCCUGAAUCGAAGAAACUGCAUGGCUGCCACCCUACAGAUCAUUGAAGAGAAUUUCCCUGAGCUAUUAUCUUUGAACUUGAGCAACAACAAACUGUAUGGGCUGGAUGGCCUGUCUGACAUUAUACAGAAGGCCCCCAGAGUCAAGAUUCUGAACCUCUCCAAAAAUGAGCUGAACUUGGUGUGGGAGUUAAACAAGAUGAAAGGGCUGAAUCUUGAAGAGCUUUGGCUAGAAGGAAACCCCUUGUGUGACACCUUUCCAGACAAGCCCACCUACAUAAGUGCCAUCAGGGAUUGUUUUCCCAAGCUGUUACGCCUGGAUGGCCAGGACUUAACCCCACCAGAUAUCAUUGAUACUGACAUGCCAUAUUCAAUACAGCCCUCCAAGGAAAGCUACAAAGGAUCUGAGGAACUGAAAAAUCUAGUCUUGCAAUUCCUGCAGCAGUACUACUUGAUCUAUGACUCUGGAAACCGUCAGGGUCUCCUCGGUGCCUACCAUGAUGAGGCCUGCUUCUCCCUGGCCAUUCCCUUCAAUUCCAAAGACCCAGUGCCAAGCAACUUAUGCGAGUACUUCAAGGAAAACAGGAAUAUGAAGAAUCUCAAGGACUUCUCCCUAUGUGUUCAGCUGCUGAAGCAUACAAAAUAUGACAUCCUGUGCUCCCUCUAUAUGCUUCCCAAAACACAGCAUGACCUCAGCUCCUUCAUGGUGGACAUGUGGUUCCAGACGGAGAAGAUGCUCUGCUUCUCUGUCAGUGGGGUGUUCAGGGAAGUGGAAGGAAAGUCUCAGGGUUCCAUUCGUGCCUUCACCCGGACCUUCAUCGCUACCCCUGUCAGUGAUUCCACUCUGUGCAUCGUGAAUGAUGAGCUGUUUGUGAGAGAUGCCACCCCCGAUGAGACUCAGAGUGUGUUUUCCAAACAAGAGCCUACACUGACCUCCAGCUCCAUGGUCACCCUCUCCCAGGAGCAGCAGGAAAUGGUACAGGCUUUCUCCACUCAAUCUGGGAUGAAACUCGAGUGGUCUCAGAAGUGCCUACAGGAAAAUGAGUGGAACUACACCAGAGCUGGUCAGAUCUUCACUGUGUUCAAGAAUGAGAGCAAGAUCCCAGAGGAGGCCUUCAAACAAGUCACCUAAAAGAAGCCUUGGAUAUCCACAUCAUCGUUUCUCUUUUCUCCAGCCUAUGCCAAUGCCCAUGACUGGGAAAAGAGGCCUGGCUGACCAAGAAGCCAAAGUUACGUUCCAGGCCAGGUGACAUACCACCGGGAGGAUCAGUUGUUCCAUGUAUUUUCCCCACUCAUAUGAUUGCUGUUUAGUUUCAUAAUAAAGAAUGAUGCUGCACGUUG